CUCCCUCUCGAGAACGUGCCACGAUCGGCAACCGAUUUCCAGAAUAGUUCCUGAAAACACGCCGGGCUCGCGUCGCUUACGAGCAUCUUGCGGUUCAUGCAAGAUCGUGGCUGUCUUUAACGUAACUUGAGGAAAUCUCGACGUUUUGGAAAUCGGAAGGCAAUAGCGAGAUGAGGAGGACCCGUACGAAUUAAAAGGGAAGUCAUCGUUGAUCCUACGCAAAAAGACACGGUGAACCGAAAACAUGUGGGCAAGUCUACAUACGUUAGGCGUUUUGAUAGCGCUGAUCUCGCCGACGUUAGCUGAUAUUGCAAAAACUCUGCCCUCGAUACAUCUGCCCUUGCCACAUCUACCGAAUGGUUUCAUGUGCAUUGAAGUAGGAUAUCAUGCCGAUCCUAGCGACUGUAGAAGAUUCUACCGAUGUGUCGAUUGGGGAUUCGGAAAACCGCUGCAGAUCUUUCAAUUCGAGUGCGGUGUUGGAACAGUAUUCUCGAUGCGCAGGGGUAACAUCUGUACUCUCCCCAACGACAGCGACCGCCCAGAGUGUGGUGGAAAUAUCAUAAACAACAAUAAUUCGACUACGACAUCUCCGACUACAACAGGGACAUGGGUGACCAAUGGAACUGUUACAAACGAUAUACUGCGAACAACUUCGAAGACUACUACCACAAGUUUAUCAACAAGUAGUAACCAAUUUUCUGCAACAAGUGGAAAACCAGAGAAUGAUCAAGGUCGAGGACGAUGCGUUCAAGAAGGAUAUUUUGCUGAUUUGAAUAACUGUAGAAAAUUUUAUAGAUGCGUUGAAGAAGGUUCUGGAAACUUUGUAAAGUAUGAAUUUGAAUGUGGAGUUGGUACGAUCUGGGAUCCAGAUAUACAUGGAUGUAAUCAUCCUUGGGCUGUAUCACGAGAAGACUGCAAGGAAGGAUCAGGGACAGCCGCUACCGGUAGUGGCGAUAAUGAUGGACAAUGGACAAGCGGAACAGGCAGCCCUGGACAACCUGGAGACGCUACUAGUCAAACAGGAAAACCAGGUCAGCCGGGAGAAACUACUGGACAACCUGUUUCUCCCGGUACUGCGGCAACACCUGGUACUCCUGGCACUCCGGGGACACCUGGUACGUCGGGCACUCCGGGAACACCUGGCACCCCUGACACUUCCGGCAGUCUAGGAUCUACUACAACUUCCAGCACUUCAGGAAGUCCUGGUGCCCCAGGCACUCCUGGCUCACCUGGCACAUCUGGUACUUCUGGCACACCUGGUACACCCGGCAUACCUGGAAACUCAGGCACUCCAAGCAUUCCAGGAAGUCCUGGUGCCCCAGGCACUCCUGGCUCACCUGGCACAUCUGGUACUUCUGGCACACCUGGUACACCCGGCAUACCUGGAAACUCAGGCACUCCAAGCAUUCCAGCAAGUCCUGGUGCCCCAGACACUCCCGGCUCAACCGGCACACCUGGUACUCCUGCCACACCUGGCAUUUCAGGAAGUCCCGGUGCACCAGGCACUCCUGGCUCACCUGGCACAUCUGGUACUUCUGGCACACCUGGUACACCCGGCAUACCUGGAAACUCAGGCACUCCAAGCAUUCCAGGUAGUCCUGCUGCCCCAGACACUCCCGGCGCAACCGGCACACCUGGUACUCCUGCCACACCUGGCGUUCCAGGAAGUCCUGGUGCCCCAGGCACUACCGGCUCACCCGGCACACCCGGCACACCCGGCACACCCGGCACACCUGGCACACCCGGCACACCCGGCACACCCGGCUCACCUGGCACAUCUGGUACUUCUGGCACACCUGGUACACCCGGCAUACCUGGAAACUCAGGCACUCCAAGCAUUCCAGGUAUUCCUGGUGCCCCAGGCACUCCUGGCUUACCUGGCACACCUGAUACUUCUGGUACAUCUGGAACAUCGGACAUCACAGGAACUUCUGGUUCUACAAAUACGCCAGGCAUUUGUACACAUGAUGGGUUCUUUCCAGACCCUGGAGACUGUCGAAAAUUCUAUCGCUGUGUCGGCAGUGGUUCCACGUUUAUCAAAUACGAGUUCCAGUGCGGUACAGGAACUGCUUGGGAUUCUGCUAUUCAGAGCUGUAAUCACGAUUAUCUCGUUCCUGGUUGUAAAGGGGCGACGAUAUCGACUAGUUUGCCAGACACUACAGUACCAGAUUCAUCUUCUAAUGAAGUCACCAGUACAACUGAUUCCAGCACACCAGAUUAUACUACGAAGAAGCCUAAUAACGCCGUAGUUUGUGAUAAGGCAGGAUUCCAUCCGGAUCCAACACGCUGUGACAAAUUCUAUCGUUGCGUUGACAAUGGAAAUGGCUUCAACGUGUAUCAUUUCGACUGCGCACCUGGAACCAUAUGGGAUCCUAGCAUCGACACGUGCAACCAUCCCGAGUCCGUGUAUCCACCAAGAAAUUGCACGAUGCCUCCGUCAGGUUCAUCUAUUAGUACAGAACAACCAUCAGGUAGUGCAAGCACUGGAUCUACUGCAACAAUAACCGAUUCGACUACUUCAUCUACAGCGCCGACAGAAACUGGCACAGCUGCAUCUCAAUCGAGUACAGAGUCUACUUCUGGAGAUAUUACGGAAACCACGACUACAGCAUCUACUCAGCCAACAAUAACCGCUUCGACUACUUCAUCUAUAGCGCCGACAGAAACUGACACAGCUGCAUCUCAAUCGAAUACAGAGUCUACUUCGGAAGGCACUACAGUGACUGCGACUGUAGCAUCUACUCAGCCCACGUCUGAAUUGAGUACGGAAACUACUUCUGAGGCAACUACGAAGAAGCCUAAUAACGCCACAGUUUGCGAUAGGCCAGGUUUCUAUCCGGACCCAACGCGGUGUGACAAAUACUAUCGUUGUGAGGACAAUGGAAACGGCUUCAGCGUGUUUUAUUUCAACUGCGGACCUGGAACCAUAUGGGAUCCUAGCAUCGACACGUGCAACCAUCCCGAGUCCGUGUAUCCUCCAAGAAAUUGCACGAUGCCUCCGUCAGGUUCAUCUACUAGUACAGAACAACCAUCAGGUAGUGCAAGCACUGGAUCUACUGCAACAAUAACCGAUUCGACUGCUUCAUCUACAGCGCCGACAGAAACUGGCACAGCUGCAUCUCAAGCGACUACAGAAUCUACUUCUGGGCCAACUACGAAAAAGCCUAAUAACGUCACAGUUUGUGAUAGGCCAGGUUUCUAUCCGGACCCAACACGGUGUGACAAAUUCUAUGAGUGCAUUGACAAUGGAAACGACUUCGACGUGAAAUAUUAUGAUUGUGCAUACGGAACCAUAUUUGAUCCUAGCAUCAAUAGAUGCAAUGUUCCGGAGUCAGUGCAUUCUCCAAGAAAUUGCACGAUGUCUACUACUACGGAAGGAUCAUCGACGUUUGAAACGACUACAGGAUCGACGAGUGGGGGAAGCACCGAUAGUAGUACAGCAUCCAGCUCAGGACAGAUUACCGAAACAGCAACAUCAACUACAGGAUCGACUACAGAUGCUUCUAUCCCAACGCCUUGUCCAAUUGGAAAUUUAACCGAUGAACAAAUAGUACUAGUCUGCCCAACUGGUUUCCGAAGACAUCCGAAAUAUUGCAACCUAUUUUAUCAAUGUACUAUGGAAAACAAUGUGGACAUCAAAGUACUGGUACUGAGUUGCCCAGAGGGAUUGAUCUUCGACGAUCAAAAGUUACAGUGUUUGCCUGAAGACAAAACCGACCAACAUUGCAAGGGUACCAAAGCUUCUGCACGAUUUUACAGAAGAUUAGAGGAGAGUUCUGUGUCUCCUAUCAAAGCAUCGAGCGAGGUACUAUGUCCAGGAGCGGGACACUAUCCUUACAAACAAGGCUGCAGUAGCGUGUUCUAUAAUUGCAAACAGAAUUCCACGGACAAUCUUCAAGGUUAUUUGUAUAAAUGUCCAGAGAACUUCUUGUACUGGUCAGUUUCGGGGAGAUGCGAGCGUGCAACACAAUUACCAUUGUGCACGAUAUUUGGGCAUAAAGAUAAAGAGAAUUGGGAGGGGAGAUGGGAGAUUCCAAUAGAAGAGUCUAAUCUGUCUGCCCGAAGUCUGUUUGUCUAAAUUUUCAUAAAAAGCUAUUAGUGGUUCGAAUGGACAGCGUAAACUCUCAGGACAAUUUCUGCUCGUAUUUUCUAUUAGAUCUAUUUAAAGGUCGUAACUUUUACUUAUUAAAAUAUGAGUAAAUUACCUUUGCAACAUGGCUGCGGAAGAUCUCAUAAAGAAACAUUCAGAUCUUCAACAGUCGUCUUGCCGUAAUUAAUAACUCUAUAUCGAUUCAUGUGCAAAAAGUAAUUCUUAACUAUUUUUCGAGAAUAUAAUAGGUAUUUUCCUAUGAUUUUCCGUAGCGAGAUCGUAAAAUCAUUGGAAAACCUUCGCGAGUGUUGGGGUUUUCGGUUGAGGGAUUUAUAUGCAAUAUUCGACUGUAUUCAGUAAUUUAUAAUAUUUAUUUAUAGAGUCGAACAUUUUCUUGCGACUACGUGCCACGAUUUAUAUAAUUUUAUGUUAAUGUAACCAUAAUAAAUCAAAAUUGACGAUAAUAAAAUUAAUAUCCAUAGGUGAAUAUAAUAAUUAAAGAUUAGAAUUUUGAGUACGGCGAAAUAUAAAAUAUAGAAUGUUUGGCGUUUAAUAAAUUUAUCCGACGAAUUUAAUAGUGCUCAAACUUUUCACUGUGAAAGUAUAUUUACAACCUCAGGACCAUGUUCUGAAUACAGUACAAAAAACAAUAAGCUUGGGAAGAUAAUUUUGUAUAUAAUUACGUGUUAAUUAUUCUAAUUACUGCUUCCUUUAUAUGAAACAUCAUUCAUUGCGUUUAAUUUCUUCUUUCAAUUGCGAUGAGAUAUCGAGUAUCGUUAAGGUACCCUUUGUAAAAAAAAAAAGGAGCAUUGCGUUUAACACGUUUAUUUAGACGUAAAAUAUCCCUAAUGUAGUCAUUGAAUGAGUACAAGUAUUGUGUGUGUUUGUGUUAGAUUCUUCUGAAAAUUGUUAUUAAUGAAUAAUAAUAAUGAAUAAUAAAUAAUGAAUUUUCACAUAAAAUAAAGAAGUGCAAAAUUCUACAGA